GCGCCCAGGGGCGUGCCCGUCUGGCUGGUGCUGACCCUCGGCGGCGCCCUGCCCGUCGCGGCGCUCGUCACGGUGCGGCUCUACCUGGAGCUGGGCCUCGGGCCCGGAGGAGGGCCAGGAUGGGGCGCCUCCGAGCGCGUGUCCUCCUGGAGCCACGCGGAGAAGCUGCGGGCGCUGGGCAUCCAGGUGAGCUGCGGCGGCCACACCGCUGACAGCUGCGCCGAGUGCCCGCGAGGCCACGGCGAGACCUGGUGCAACGGCGAGUGCGGCUGGAAGCGCGGCUGGCCGACCCCGGCUGGCCUGUUCCCCGACGAGGCCGCCCAGGGCCGCCUCUUCGAGCGCCUGGCCACCGACCCGAGGUACAGGCCCUUCGGCCCGGAGGUCGUCAGCAGGGACCCGUGGAUCAUCGUGUUUCACACGCUGCUCUCGGCAGAGGAGUGCGAAGGCGUUGUGAGGGACUGCGGCGAGUUCAGACCCGACGUCGUCGCUGGCGGCGUCAGGUCUCUGAACCGCACCAGCGACUCCUUCAACUGCGAGAAUGACGAGGACUACAUGCAGAGGCCCGGCAUCCAGCUGUACAGGGAGAGGCUCGCCGGCGUGCUGCAGGUCGGGCUCGAGCACUCCGAGGGCCUCUCGGUGAUCCGGUACGGCCCAGGGGGGCAUUUUGACAGGCAUCACGACCUCGUCGAUCGGGAGUACGCGGCCGCGUACUUCGACAACUGCGGUCCCCGCGUCCUCACGUUCAUGACGUACCUCACCGACGUGGAGGAGGGGGGCGCGACCCGCUUCGUCCACCUCGAUGUGGACGUGGUUCCGAAGGCUGGCCGCGCGGUCGUGUGGGCGGACACCUGGGGCGACCGGCCCCUGGAGAAGGACGUCCGCACCAUGCACGAGGGGCAAGCGGUGAUCAGGGGCACGAAGGUCGUGGCCAACACGUGGUUCUUGCAAUUCGACAGGGACGCCAACAUGGGGGGGUACACGGACGAGGACCACACCACCGAGACGUGCCAGUUCUAUGGCCUGCGCCAGCAGGUGGACAUGGGUGGUGAGUCUAUGUGUUGGUGCCAGGGCGAUCUCAUCACGCCCAAGGGCGAGUGCAUGGACUACAUCGCCGCCUUCGCGAACACCGUUGGGCCCGGUUGCCACGAGCAGAAGAAGUCGUUCAAGGACAAGGACAAUCUGACGGGCGCGACGCUUCUUGCUUGCAUCCUUGCUCCUACCCCGACGGCCUACCCGACGCCCUACCCCAACCCGACGCCCUGCCCCAACGCGACGCCGUACCCCAACCCGACGCCCUGCCCCAACGCGACGCCCUACCCGACGCCUUGCCCCAGCACGACGCCCUACACCAGCCCGACGCCCCACCCCAGCCAGAUCCCCGACCCGACGCCCUACCCCAACCCGACGCCAUACCUGACGCCCCACCCAAACCGGACGCCCGACCCCUUCCCGUCGCCGACGACCUUCCCCCGGCGCCACACUGCGCUGGCGCAGGAGCCCAUCCCCGCGAGCAAUGCACUGACUCUGGGAGUCCCGUGCCCCAGCUCGGUGGAGGGCAUCGCAGUCCUGACGUGCCGCUGCAACCAAGAGUGCGGCUACCCCGCCUGA